UUCAAAAUGGCAAGGUUGCUGAUACAACACAUUUUAUUUAUAAAUUUCGCGCUUUUCGGAUAUGUGCACCCGACAGUUAUGCCCACCAAUCUGGAAUGUGAUUUUAAUAGAGAAGUUUGCGAUCCCUCCAAAUGCCUGUUGCAGCAGGGACGUGGAAAAUUUAAAUACCUAACUGCAGCCUGUAACUUUAUAAAGCCAGUGAAAGCUUUAUUGAUAGAUAUUGAGUUAUUGCGCCGCAACAAAUUGGGUAAUUACGAAAGCCUGAAUAUGCGGGCAUCCGUAGAUGUUUGUAAGUGGGAAAUGGUUAAAGGUGGCAAUGUCGCUAUCAAUAAUAUCAUGGCAGUGAGCUUGCGCAGAUUAAGCAGCACAAAGUGUCCACUACAGGGUAACAUGAAUGUAACGCGUAUGCCAUUAUGGCUUUUCAUAGUGGAAGGUUUUCUUCCUGAUGCUGAAUAUAAAAUGUUCGUUAGAACACACAAUGAUGCUAUGUCAGUAUUAAAUUUGAAUCUUUCCUUUAGUGUCGCUUCGGCGAAAAAUCGAAAAUAAAAGUGUA